AUGCCUGCACUUGAAGGCCCUGGUGCUGUGGAGCAGCUACUUGUUCGUAACACCUAUCGCACUCUAAUUCUGGGAAGCCAUGUUCUGCAUUAUCAUGGAGUCGUGGAUGCAUACGGCCAUCUUUCUGCAAGACACCCGCUCAAACCAGAUGUAUUUAUCAUGUCGCGGAAUAUGCCACCAGCCACUGUCGCCUCAGACCGAGAUCUGGUGGAGUACAACGUUUCUGAUGCCUCCCCUGUGGAUCCCUCAGCACCACGAGGCUAUCUGGAGCGGUGCAUUCAUAGUGAGAUAUACAAGAAGUAUCCUAAGAUCAACAGCGUUAUCCAUAGCCACUCGCAUGCGGUGGUGCCAUUUACGGUUUCCGCUGUACAACUCAGACCAUGUUUCCACAUGGCCGGCUUUUUAGGGCAUUCAACCCCUAUAUUUGAUAUCGCUAAGCAUUAUCAAUCCGAUGAUCUCCAAGACUUGUUGAUUCGAAAUACGCGCCUUGGAGAAGCUCUUGCGUCGCACUUCAGCAGCUCAGAUACUACCGGUAACCAAGAAGCUCAACAGGCUGUGGUUCUCAUGCGUGGACAUGGCUUCACAACCGUUGCCGCGAGCCCGGAGGAGUGCGUUUUCAGAGCAAUUUACACCCAAGACAAUGCCGCCAUUCAAACAACGAGUCUCGCACUGAAUGCUGGGUUGCCGGAAAGUGCACGGGCUGAAAGCGGCGGCAUCCACUUCCUGAGCGAGACCGAGGUUGCAGCUACAACCGACAUGGGCCAGUCUGCUUGGACAAGGGCCUGGUCGCUAUGGGUUCGGGAGGUACAGGCCAACAGUCUCUAUGUGAUAGAUGCUUGA